AUGCCUCCGCCCGCUCAAUCCGCUGCAUUGUCAGCAUUAGCAGACCUCAAACUCCCCAAAGACAUCCACAUCUCGCCCGACGGGUCAAAAGCGGUCUACGCCCUCGAGUCAUUCGCAAAAAAGAACAAGAAGGCGGUCUCAUCGCUUUGGAUUGCAGAUGUUGGUGUUGAUCACUCCGCGCGCCAGAUUACGUCUGGCUUGUUCAAGGACGAGAAGCCAAAGUGGUCGCCCGAUGGACGGUAUAUCGCGUUUCUUUCUGAUAGGCGAUACGUUGGCAGUGAGAUUUACCUGCUGGAAAUUGGAGGGUUCGGCGAGGCGUAUCCAUUGACGGACGAGCAGGCUGGGCGAAACGUGAAGGACUUUGAAUGGAGUCCAAGCGGUAAAUUGAUUGCCUUUGUUAGUCCGGAUGGCGAUGUCAAUGAAGAGGAGGUGGACGGGGAUGAGCCCAUAGUAUUCGGAGGCGAUGAGGGAACAAACAAUCAUCGCCUCCGAGCAUUUGACGUUGGAAGAAAAACUCUCCAAACGAUGUCACCACCGGACGAGAAAGUGGACCUCUUCUCGUGGAGUCCGGGCCCUCACGCCGUCGAGGUCGCAUAUACCGUCUCAGAUGCAUCUGUCUCUGGGUUCAGCUGCGGCCGAAUCAAUAUUGCUUCUAUCGCCACCAGCCACGGCGAAUCCGAGACAUUCAUCACGACGAAAAGCCCGAUUAUCUCGCUUGUCUGGACGCAAUCGGACAAACUCCAUUUCAUCGCUCGUCCACCACCACCAUAUACCCAACCGGCUGUGUAUGAGGCGCGAAUCAAGUCGAAGCAGUACGGGAGUUAUUUCGGCUGGACGGGCGAAGCUCUUUCACUGCAUAAAACACGAGAAUCGGUCGUGGCCUGCGUACAAAAUACCAACCAUGAGUCCGCGCACGCUUUGGGCGUUGAAGGUACAACCUGGCCUUUUGAUAGCUUCUUCGAUUCGGAAUACGAGAUCACAUCAUUUGACGCAUUCCGGAAACCUGACUCGGAUGACUUCAUCCUGGUUUUUGCGCGAAGCAGUCCACAAGUCGCGAAUGAGGUAUGGUCUGUCUCCUUCAAGGACGGAAAACAGCAAGGUCUCGUCAAAAUCUCAUCACACAACUCAGCAUUUGACGGAUUCCGCUCAAAGCGUAUUUCAGCUACCGGUCCAGAUGGAUGGGAGUGUGAUGGAUUGUUGUUCUCGCCCAAGCCGGUCACUCUCACUCGUCGUCUGCCACCGACCGUUGUCCUUGUUCAAAGCGAACAUGUUCUCCCUUCUUUCUCGAUUGGUCCUCAUCUUGAUGUCGCGUAUUUAACGAGCGCCGGAUACGCGGUCCUCUGUCCGAUUGUACGUCCAACGAGCAGCGGAGGCAGGAUUGGUGAGCAGUAUACGGAGGUCAUUGCUAUUCUGAAGAAAGCAGUGUCGGAGGGCCUGGUCGAUGAGUCGCGCGUCACAAUCAGCGGAUGGGCAGACGGCGGAUUCCUCUCUUCGCUCGCGGUCAUCCGCAACGAGUUCAGUUUUCGCGCUGUUCUCUGUGGUGGGGGCGUCGUGGAUUGGGACUUCGUCAACGCAAACGGCGAUUCCUCAUGGCCGGCGCCAGAUAUCCCAAGCCUCUCCAGGAAAGACAGUGGAAUUGACAUUGGGAGAGCGGAAGCUGAAAGCAAAUCUGGAACGAGACAAACGCCACUGCUCAUCCUGCACGGGCGAGAGGAUGACGUGGUUCCCGUUUCUGGGCCUCUGGCAUUCUGGCGGCAGAGGCAGAGGUGGAACGGGGCUGUGCAGAUGGUGCUUUAUCCGAAGGAGAAGCAUGUCAUUCGAGGCCGGGAGCAGCUGCUUGACUUGUGGACGAGGGUGCUGGGAUUUUAUGAGAGGCAUGUGGCCGACUGA